AUGGCAGGUGCCUUACAGAUGCUGGUCUGCAGUCGAUUGGCAUUUCGGCGACUCACUGUUAUUUCGUGUAGAUUUACGCAGACAAAAAUAAAUCGGAUAAUUGAUUUGGAAGUGAAAAAGAAGCCGAAAAGAAUUGAAAUUCAAUUUGAGGAAAAACGGGAGCCAAAAUCUCAGGCUAAAAAGAAAAUUCAGUGGAGUGUUGGUUCGAUUGCGAUGUUGAUAAUCCCAGCAUUUGCAUUUUCUCUCGGAUGCUGGCAGGUCAUUCGUCUUCAAUGGAAACUUGAGCUCAUUGAGCACCUCAAAUCGCGGCUAAACCAGCCUGCCGUGCUACUUCCUGACGAUUUGAGAAGUGAAAACUUAGCACCGUUGGAGUAUUGUCGAGUACGCGUGACUGGUGAAUUCCUUCAUGAUCGAUCAUUUGUGAUAAGUCCAAGGGGAAGAUUUGACCCAGAAGUGAAAGCUAGUGCUUCAAGUGGAUCCCUUCUGUCUGAAAAUGAGAUGUCAAGUCACGGUGGACACCUCAUUACACCAUUCAAAUUGGCCAAUUCCGGAAAAGUCAUUCUUAUUAAUCGUGGAUGGAUUCCAUCAUUUCUUUUUGAUCCUGAUUCAAGAACGAAAACAAAUCCAAAAGGAGUAGUGACGUUUGAAGCGAUUGUCAGGAAAUCAGAGCAGAGACCUCAAUUUGUUGGCCAAAAUAUGCCGGAACAGGGAGUUUGGUAUUAUCGAGAUCUCGAGCAAAUGGCAGAAACUUAUGGAACUUCACCGGUGUGGCUUGAUGCCGCUUAUGAUUUUUUAGAGACCACAGUGCCUGGUGGACCCAUUGGAGGUCAAACUAAUGUGAAUGUCCGAAAUGAGCACCUAAAUUAUCUAUUGACGUGGUAUUCUUUGACAAUUGUCACUUUAAUGAUGUGGUGGCAUAAAUUCCGCAAAUAA